UCUGCAUCUGUAUGCCGCUGUUGAGUUUCGGCGCUAAUUAGUACAUUGUCGGAGCUUGCUGGGAAUAGGAAUAGGAAUAGGAAUUGGAAAUAAUGCCGACUAUCGAGUUGAGGCCUCUGAUUCUAAUCGUCCUGCCCUGGCUGCUCAUCUGCAAGCUCUUCUACCGGGUGGAGGACUUCACGGAAUCGGAUAUAUUCUACAACAGUCUGGACUACCAUCCCGAGGACUAUAUUGACAGUUUCACGACCCAGCAGCUGAAUGAUUAUUUUCUCUAUUGAGUUUUAGGUUUUAUUCUUUUUUUUUAGUCCUUAAAAUGUCAAGUUUUAAAUAAAUACUAGUUUAAAAAAUGUA